AUGACCUGUCUUAUUCCUGGACCAAAGAAACCACCUACAGAAAAAAUUAAUUUAUAUUUGGAUCCAUUAGUUGAUGAGCUUAAACAAUUAUGGGCCGGUCAAUUAUUUGCAACUAUAAAAUAUCUAGCUAGAAGAAUGUACUAUAGAGCUUUAAUUUUAGUUUCAUGUGAUACACCAGCAAAAAAUAAAAUUUCUUGUAAAAUGAUGAAAAUUUGGACAAUAAAAACUGAAUUAAUUUCAAAAAAUCAGCUUAUUAAUAUUCAAAAUAUUGUUAAUAAUAGCCCACCACCUGCUAAUGAUAUAUUAAAUUAUGGUGCUUGGUAUAGUUAUUGGUGCUAUGCUUAUGAAAGAUUAAAUAGACAAAUUGCAAGUUUUUAUACUUCUGGAAGAACUGUUGAAUUAGAUAUGUUUAAUUAUAUAAAUCAACAAAUUGAAAUUUAUGAACUUUUAUAUCAAAUAAAACCAAUAUUAACAUCAAUUGCACAAGCUUUAAACUAUUUACAAAAAGAACAAUUAUCAAAAGAAACAUUAGCAAUAUAUAAUUAUACAAUUCCAAAAAUAAUAGAAUUUCAAUAUUCUAUUACUAAUAUUAAUUUUUUUGUUACUAGAUCUGAAGAUUAUCCUGGAAAAUUAAUUAAACCCUUUUCUGAAGCAUAUUUAUCUAAUAAAAAUUUAAAAUUAUUAGUUAAUUAUUAUACUGAAAUAUAUUCAAAUGAUAAUCUUAAAUUUUAUGCUGAAGGACAAGUAUCUAAUAAUUCAGAUUCAUAUUUAGUUUCAAAAAGAAUUAUAAGAGCUAGUGCUUUAGAAUUAGGUGGUGAAUAUUUUGGAUCUGAACUUAUACGUUCUGAUUUAG